AUGGCGCCGCGUCCCCGCGAAGCCCCGCCAUUGCCUGCACCUCGUCCCGGCGAAGCGCCGCCGGAGGAGAAGAGAGGCGUCUCCGUGUCGUCAUUACCUUCAUCCAUUGACCAGGAACUCCUCAGAGCCGUUCCAAUGCACUUGGUUUUGGCAGGCUGUGGACAGCAAUGGGUGAAUCGGGCGAGGGAUGAAUACCACCUCAGCCAGCGGGUGAAUGAGAUCGAUACAUUUUUGAGUCACGACUGGGGGACGAAGCGUUGGCUGAAAUACGCUACAUUGCUGGUUUAUUUCAAUAGUGUACCGGCCGCCUUGGCAAGUUUGCUGAUGUGCAUGCUGGUUUGCGUCCUCAUCAUAUUCAGAGUAUUAGAUGGAUGGCUUCCUGGCACACUCACCAUCCAUGGUGCUUACUGGUUUGUGUUUGUGUUUUGGCAGAACAUUCGAAGCCUCUACAAAAAGAAUAUGGCUUUUCUCGACCGACUUUGCAUUGCGCAGCACGAUGUGGAUCUGAAAAAGCAAGGGAUCCUUUCAUUGGGUGGAGUUCUUUCCAAAUCUCGAAAGCUUGUGGUUCUGUGGAGUCCACGAUAUUUCACACGUUUGUGGACAGCCUUCGAAUUGUCGUCCUUUUUGAGGGAAAAUGAAGGCAAAGGGAAAGACAUCAACUUUGCUCCAGCAAGCAUGGGUCCGCUGCUUGUGUACUUUUCAGUGUUUGAAACGCUGCUUGUCACCAGCUUCCACAUUCUUGUAGCUCGAUAUGUGGAGUCGGUGCUGCAACAAGAGAAUACAUAUUUGAGCAGCUUGUGGCAUUUCACAGCUACAAUGCUCGUGAUUUGUGCGCCGGCAUUUUUGGUGAUUGCACCCAUCGUCCUUUACCUUGGCACAAUGCAGAUGAAAGCUUUGCUGCAGCUGGGAAAACAGCUGGAUGAUUUCAAGAUUCGAGAUGCUCAGUGCAGCUGUUGUCAGUGGAACCAUUGCCAUCCUGAAACUGGCGAAAUACUCUUAUGCGACCGGAUGCUGGUUUUCCAAACAUUGAAACGAUGGUAUCCCAGCGAGACUUCUUCCGAUGCUCAUUUGGACCGAUUUGAUGAGAUGGUUCACACUGAGCUGGGUGGCUUUGUCCGGAAUAUCCUAGGCAAUGGUGCUCCACCAUUGUGGCAGGUGCUGGCGCUCACCGUGCAUCCCUUGCUUGGUUUCUGGUGUUUGUACGUCUACCUGGCUGUGAAUGAGCACCUAUUCCCCUAG